ACCCUGGCUUGUUCUUAGCUUAGCGUGUUGCUAAUGAAGAUUUAAAGCCAGUGGUGGUGGUGGAUGUGUCUCUGCCAGCUGUGCCUGGGGACAGCAACCAUGGGUGGAGAUGGUGGGCCGAGAGCAUCCAUGACGAGCACAUUCAUCCAGGGCAGCUCAGCUGCUUCCUCUCGUGAUCGGGUCAUGAUGUCGACUCUUCCGCCCGUGAGGUGUGACGGAAGAUGCACAUUCUGUCACAUCCGGUUGAGAUCUCCAGGGUCUGGCGUCAGAUUCGAGACCUUCUGAUGGGG